AUGGCCCUGGGACACUGGAGUACAGCUGACUUCACGCUGGCUGCCUUCCCAGUUUUCCUGGAACUUUGACUUUUCCUCUUUGUAGUUUUCUUGCUGACUUACACGUUAACAACAGGAAACAUCAUCAUCGUCGUCCUAAUAUGGACUGAUAAUCGCCUACCAUCCCCAAUGUACUUUUUCCUCAGUAAUUUGUCCACUCUGGAUAUUUUAUACACCACUGUCACCACACCAAAGUUGCUGGCCUGCCUCCUAGGAGAGAAUAAGACCAUAUCUUUCGCUGGCUGCAUCACCCACAUCUGUUCCUACUUCUUUCUGGGGACUAUGGAGUUUAUUCUCUUGGUGGUGAUGUCCUUCGACCGCUACAUGGUCAUCUGUAAGCUGCGCUACACCCUCAUCAUGAACACCAGGACCUGCCUUCUGCUCAUCCUGGGCUACUACUGGGUGGGGGCCUUCCUGUCCAUGUUGGGACCAAUUGUGAUGACAAGGAUACCUUACUUUAGCAAAGAAAUUAAUCACUUUUUCUGUGGCAUGCCCCUCUUAAAGGUAGUCUGUAUGGAUACUGGCCUCGUUGAGAAGAUAAACUUUCUCCUCUCUGUCCUUGUCAUCCUGAGUUCCCUGGCAUUCACUGCUGGGUCCUACACCUACAUCAUUUCAGCCCUCCUGAGCAUCCCUUCCAGCUAGGGCCGCCGAGCCAUCUCCACCCGUGCUUCUCACAUCACUGCUUAUGGAAGCCACAUCUUUGUGCAUGUGAGACCUGUCAGAAAUUCACUGGAUUUUGACAAGGUAGUUGCUGUGACCCCUCUUCUAAAUCCUUUUAUUUAUAGUUUGAGGAAUGAAAAGGUAAAAGAAGUGUUGACAGAGACAGUGAACAGAAUCAGCUCUUUGAUACUAAGGAAAACUUGA